GCUUUCAUUCACAAGCGAGCAAAGCUUGCAAACGGACGCCAAUGUGCUUUAAGAUAAAGACACCUCGAUAAAAAGUUAAUUUAACCCUACGCUGCAGCAGCAAAGGCCAACAAAAGUUUUUAAGUGCCGCGGCUACGAAAAUUAACCACGGAAUCCAUUUAUAAAUAACUAAAAAAAUAGACCAACUGCAAAUAUGAAGGAUUUCGGUAACCUUUUUGCGCGCCGAUAUAGUGCAGUUUGUGUCAACGACGAUGAGACCAGAAGUCAGCGACAAUCAAUUAUGACCUCUGGAAUUGCCAUGAGCGCACAAUCCGAAAGAGACCCUGUGGCGUCAAGGGCCGCUCACGCCGCCUUGCAUCGUAUCCAGCGCCGCAAGAGUCUCAAAGCAAGUCGUUCAAUGUUGCCUUUAGACAUUUUGGGCAGCUUUUUCAACGAGCCAAAUCAAGGAAAACGGAAUAGAGUUCCUACUAGAGCGUUUCUUUUGCUAGCCUUUGGAUUUUUGGCAUUAGCGACGGCUAUAUUAGUUAAAGUGUUCGAACCCUACGAUUUGAUAUUUAAGUGGAAGUUAAUAAUGACGGAAGGCGGCGAAAUCUUCAAUUUGUGGGCCCAACCUCCAGUUGAUCUCUAUAUUAAGAUAUAUUUGUUUAAUAUAACCAAUGCCCAGGCCUUUCUUGCGGGUCGGGAGAAGCUAAAAGUGGAACAAGUUGGUCCCUAUGUAUACAAGGAGAUAAUGACCCACGAAAAUGUCACGUUCAAUAAAAACAACACUAUGUCCAGCACACCCCGGCAUCCACUAGUCUGGCAGGAGCAUAUGUCAAACGGUCAUCGGGAGGACGAUGAGGUUAUUAUGCUCAAUAUAGCCAUGUUGGCAAUAUCACACCUCACUGCUAACCAGCCGUUCUUAGUUCGCAUGGCUCUUAAGACAUUGUUUGUGAGCACAAAGUCGGAGCCUAUUGUUCGAACCACUGCAAGGGAGUUUAUGUUCGGUUACCCCUCGGCCCUUGCCACUCUGGGCAACACUUUCCUUCCGAAUUGGAUAUCAUUUGAAAAGGUUGGGCUCAUAGAUCGCAUGUACGAUUUUUCUUCGGAUUUUGAGACGUUCUACACAGGCGUUCCCAAUCCUGCGCUGUCGGGACUAUACGCUACCUAUCGCGGAAAGACAAAUCUACCACAGUGGGAGGAGGACCACUGUAGCAACAUAGAGUAUGCAUCCGACGGCACAAAGUUUAAAAGCUUUAUUCAGCCAAACGAGACAGUAAAAUUUUUCAGGAAAAGCAUGUGCAGACCUAUAAAUUUGUACCGUGUUGGCGAAGAGAUAACAUUAGGAAGUCUAAAGGGAUACAGCUAUGUGUUUGAGGAAAAUGCUUUCGACAAUGGUGUAAGCAAUCAGGCCAACAAAUGCUUCUGUAGAAAUGGUGACUGUCAGCCAGUUGGAUUGAUCGACGUCACUGAUUGCUACUACGGAUUCCCAAUAUCUCUGAGCUUUCCGCACUUCAUGAACGGCGACUUGGGGCUACAAGAAAACGUUACCGGCAUGAAUUCUGAUCCAACCAAGCACUCAUCAGUUUUCAUCAUUCAACCGGAAUCCGGACUUCCGCUUUCUCUCACCGUCAAAGUGCAAAUCAAUAUGCACUUCAAGGACCUCAGUAAUUUUCCAAAAGUUUCCAGGUUUAGUCAUUUAACUGCGCCCAUGUUAUGGUUUGAUAUCAUGAUGACAAAACUGCCCGACUCCCUGAAUUCGCGAUUUAACUUCUACCUUAACAUAUUGCCUUUAAUAAAUCCCCUAGCGUUCUGGAGUGGACUUUUGCUGGGAAUAAGUCUCCUAGGCUAUGCUAUUACCAAGGCAACAUUGCAUUCUUCUAGCUUUGCACGCCAGACACCAAAUAUUUCUGUAGGCAAAUACGCCCGAUCCAAUCUAACCCAGAAGACACACACACAUAUUCACACUCCCUGUGAAUUAAAGCUGAUAGAUGAUUCCCCAGUUGUCAGACAGGGCGUUAACCUACGAUCUGUUGGCGACCACUUGUCCUUUUCCCAGUUCCAGCAGAAACCUACAUACGACCUGGACACGGAACCCGCCCUGUUAAACGCUGACGAGACCAACGACGAGGAGAAUGACUUUGACGUUAUCCCCUUGAGCAAACAAUUAGUUUCGUCUAAAACAUACGUAGCAGUAGAUCACUACCAAGACAAGGACAAUGUCAGCCAUCUUAGUGCCGUUUUGGAAAAACAGGAACCAUGUUCAGUAGACCAGCAGCAGACUUUCUUUACCUCAAGCAAAAUCCAAAGAUCCGGGUCCGAUAAGAACAUUGAAAGCUAUAGCAAAACCAAAGGAUAUAUACCCAACACGGAACUUGUUUAUUGGGAAAACACAGAGCAAGUCUGCAAAACUUCGUGAAGUUGGCUGUUGGUACAUUUAAUAUAUGUUCAGAAUUACUUUAUAUUGUAUCGCACAAUUGGGUCUGUAUAGCGUUAUAUUAUAUGGUAUAGUUAAAUAGUGUAUACACUAGUUGGCAUGUUUUUUCUGGCGAAUACAAAAUAGUAAACUUUUGUGAAAGAUUUAAAUGGGAUUAUGAUUUGAUUUGUGUACCUACAAUUCAUUUGAUUUAUGUACAACUUAAGUACAUAGACUUUUAAGUAAACCAAAUUUUUUGAGUGGACCUGAAGUUAUAAAUAGUAAUAAAAUUAAGCAUUGGCCAGGUUUUAAAUUAAUAAAAAUGACUCGUCAAAACAAUUAUGCCAACCAGGGUACAUGUUUUAAAUUCGUAAUAUUUUUACAAUAUAAAAGCAUUUAAAUUGUCAAAAGUAUCAAAACCUUGUGAAUGCUAUGUAAAGUUCGCAUUUUACGCUUUUUAAGGAAAGUAUAAACUCAACUUUCUUUCUAUAUAUUGUUAACCUUAAGACUUUUGUAACGUGGUUCGUAUGCUCUGUAAAUUGAUCCAUUUGAAUAUUACAAAAAAUUUAAUCAAAAUUUUAAUCAAAUCAAACCAAUAUUAUUAAGUUAUUCUUUUAUAAAAAAAACUGCUGUGAUUUUGUAGUUUACGAUGUUAAAAUUUGCCUUCAUGUAUAAGUUAAAAAUUAAUAAUCUAUACAUUUUUAAAUUGCUGAACUAAAGUUCACAUAAAUGUACCGGGAUUAUCUUUGAGAAUAUGCUUAUUUUUUAAGACUAUUUUUAUUACGCAGAAAUAAUAUUGUUUUGAAAAUCGAACUCCCUUAGGCAUUGGACAAAGGUAAUUCGAGGCAAUUGAUUUAACGUUCUUGAGUAAAAGUAGAACAAGACACGAGUGAUUUACAAUAUUUCUAGAUAAGAAACAAACUGCUGUACGGGUUUAUUAGUGUGGAAUAUAAUAAAACUUUUGGUAGAUCAUAACAGGGGUUUUACAACUUAAGUCAGACGUUUACCGCGCAGUGAAGAAUAUAUUUUAAGCCCCACGAAUACCAGCAUCAACUUUAUUACAAGAAAGUUUAUUGAAAAUAAGAAAAAAUCUUUUGUUUACUAAAGUGUUUUUUUAUAAGCUAUGAUAUAUUCAGUGGUAUUUGACGGUAAAAUUUGAGUGUUUUAUUUUGUGUACAAAUUUGUUUUUAUAGCAUUAGGGAUAAGGAAUAAAUAAAUAAGCAAUCCCUAAACUACCUA